ACGUCACAACUGUCAUGGCGGCGCCCGUGUGUCGAGCAGGCAUGCUCCUGAAGUCGGUUAUUUUAACGCUGUUUUUCAAUGAUCUGGUACUUUGUGUGGCAGAGACAGUGACUGUAGGAGUGGAGAAAGAGGAGCGACAAUGUGUCAACGGACGAUGCCGUUCAGUAGCCGAUGGAGAGGGCAAAGAACCCGCCCAGUCUUCAGAAGGGCUCCUGAAACUUUUGAGGGACACGGCGGUCCAUUCUAGAUGGAUGAGUAAACGUGCUAGGUUUGGCGAAGGGAGAAGGUACUGGAAAAACGUCGUCUGUAACGACCGUGAGGUGGUGCCUUCUCUUUGGGUCUGUGACGGCACUGCGGACUGUAUGAACUCUGAGGACGAGAGCGGGUGUCUGGGUUACUGUGGAGAUUACGGCUAUCCAGUACCCGGAUGUGAGUGUGACGUGGGAUUCUGCAUGAACGACAGACCUUCCCCCGUCUGCGCAUGCGGAUUCAGGGACUGUCUGUUCCCGCUACCGAGAUCUUGCAGACGACCCACAUUCCUGGAGCUACCAGCGUUCCACCCUUCCGCCAUCGGACUGAAACAGUUCCAGGAGCCGGAGUGUCAGGUGGAGAUGGACCUGAUCUUCCUGCUGGACGGGUCAGCCAGUGUCGGGCACCUCAACUUCGAGAAGGAGAAGAAGUUUUGCCGACAACUGGUCAGCGAUUUCGACAUCGGGCCCAACAAGACGCGGGUUGCUACCAUUCAGUACAGCAUUGAGCAGCAGGACGAGUUCUGGUUUGACCUACCGGACGUUCACACCCUGAGGAAUGCCCUGGGACAGAUCGUGUACAUGGACGGCCCUGGGACAGAGACCGGGAAGGCCAUCAUGUACAUGGCCAGCAGGUUCCCUCAGAGGGAGGGUGCGAAAAAGAUUGCCAUCGUGAUCACAGACGGUAAGAACAACCCCGAGUCGCGGGUGAGUGUUCGCAUGGCGGCAGACCGCGCGCGGGAGGACGGCAUCACGCUGUACGCUGUGGGGGUGGGCACCGAGGUGGACCUCCGGGAACUUACCGACCUGGCGGGCGAUCCAACCAGAGUCUACAAUGUUGAGGACUUUCAGUCGCUGUCGGCUUUUGCAGAGCAGGGUCCUUUGCAGACGGAGUUAUGUCUGUCGGAGCCAACAACAUCAACAGAUAACCAAACAUCCGGAUCUUCAGGGUUCCCGGGGGUCAGUCGCUCGGGGCCUAUUUCCUCAGAAGAUCUUCGUACAUAUGCGAUCAUAUCCUGCUCCUCCUUCUCCAUGCAAGUGGAUUUCCCGCGAAUGUAUUUUCCACAAGUGUACGCACCGGCACUCCACCUAGCAGAUCCGUCCUGUACUGCGCGGGGCAACAGCACCCACGUCAGCAUCCUGGCACCACUGGUGGGAUGUGGGACAACCAGCUCGAUGACAGCAGACUUCAUCCUGUACCGUAACAAGGUGAUAGAGGACGGAGGCAGUCUACCCAGGGCCUCCACCUCCCCCAUCGUCCGAGCCUGCGGGUUUGAGCUGGACUUCACCUGUCAGAUGCCGCGGCACAAGUCUGUCCUGACCGGCUACAACCCCGUACUUCAGCCCGACAGGUUCUACGAACAGGGCACGGGGAAACUACAGGCUGUUCUACGGUUCUGUCGCGAUGCCAGUUGCCUGUCGUACAACACCGACUCUCCUCUCGUUGUGAAGAUUGGUGGAGACGUGAUAGUGGAGAUCGAGCUCUUAACUUCUGACCCUGACCUCAGCAUCAUGGUGGAGGACUGUGUAACCACGGAUGUGCCCACUUCCACUGGUGGGGGGUACCAGUAUCAGAUCAUUCAGGAAGGGUGCGGUGCAGACCCAACCUACCACCAGCUGGCCGCCCCACGACACUCUGUGGACAGGUUCAAGUUCCAAGCCUUCAACUUUGUCAGUGACGUCACUAGGGUCUACUUGAGGUGCAGUGUCCUUGUCUGCAGGGCUUCUCAACCAGGAAACAGGUGUGCCCAUGGGUGUAUGACACACUGGCUGGGGAAGAGGUCCGUUGUAAAUCUUGAUGACAUCAUGAUCCACGUGAUCUCUGGCCCUCUCGUUCUCCUUCUACCAACGACACCACGACCCUAAGGACAAAGUGGAUUGCAGAUUGGUGGCCGUGACUACUGAUGCCUUUGAUUCGCAAUACUAGUACGACAAAUACUCUCAGAUU